AUUUGUGGUGGACUAGCACACAGCAACUCGGAGGACGCACAGAAGUUCAGACACACUGAGAGGACAGCAUGAAACCAAAUCAGCUUUUUCUGCUGCUUUUAAUUAGUGCAGAAACUGCAUUUGGAUCUAUGGAUGCAAAACCAAAGCCAGUUCUUAGAGGACCUCCACAGACCUGGCUGACUGAAGGAGACUCAGUGACUCUGAGCUGUGAGGUUACAGGCUCCACUACAGGCUGGAGAUUCCACUGGUACAAGACUGCCCCCUACAGGCCUGAGUUGUUACAUGUGACUCAUGAAAGCAGAACAUAUUCAGUAGAGCUGCUCUCAGACAGCAUCAAAGGAGUUGGAGGCUCCUACACUCUCAACCCUGCUGCUCUUAGACACACAGGGGUUUAUGUGUGCAGAGCAGAGAGAGGAGAGCCAGCCUAUCACACAGAGUUCAGCCAACCUCAGCCUCUCUGGGUCACAGGUCUUUCUACUGCAUCCAUUGUUGUCAGUCCCAACAACAAAACACAUUUUACAUCUCAGCCUCUGUCCCUGAGCUGUAUGGACAGUGGGAACUCAACAGGAUGGAGACUGAGAUGGUUCUCAGGUAUGAUGGAGCGUGAAAAGUGUCCUUAUGAUUGGACAAACACGGGAUCCAGCUGCAGAAUCAGCUCAUCAUCAUCAUUAGACAGUGGAGUGUACUGGUGUCAGUCUGAGUCUGGAGAGCAGAGUAACCCUGUCAACAUCACAGUGCACUAUGACAGUGUGAUCCUGGAAAGUCCUGCACAUCCUGUGACUGAAGGAGAUCCUCUGACUCUGCGCUGUAGAUAUCGCUACCAGCCAUCAAACAUCAGUGCUGACUUCUAUAAAGAUGGGACACUCCUGCAGACCUCCACCACAGGAGAGAUGGCCAUCCCUGCAGUCUUAAAGUCACAUGAAAGCCUCUACAAGUGCAGCAACCCAGAGAGAGGAGAGUCACCAGAGAGCUGGAUCACAGUAAAGGAUCCUGGACCAUCUAAGCUAGAAAUGGUUGGUGUAGUUGUUGGAAUGAUACUCAUCUUGGUUGCAGGCACAAUGAUACUCCUGAUGUAUUGUUUCAAGAAGCUUAAAGGCCCUGGGACACAAACACCACUGCCUGGUCAGCAACAGCAUAACAUCAGUCAGGAUCAGGACCAGCACAUCUCUGGAGGAAAGGAAGAAGAUCAACAGGAAUAUUACACAUUACACAGUGAUGGUGCUGACGCUAGACUGAGUGAUGUUACUUAUGCCACCAUUGAUCAACAAGGCACAAGUGAGAAUGUCAAAAACAGGAAGAAAAAAGAAGGACAUGAAGCAGAGGCAGCUAUUGUGUAUUCAGAGCUCAAAACCGUGAAUAACGCAGGAGAAGCUGGUAGCUGGACACAGUGACUUCAUGUAUGGCUAUGACAGGGAAACCAAUGGUAUGAAAAGUCUCCAAGGACAUGAAACAGGAAUUAAUUCGAUGGAGUAAUGUUUCGGCAAAAAGCUUUUAGCUGGGCCACACAAAACCUGAAUUUAAAAGAACCAAACUCAGUCCUUUAAAAGUGGACCAAAAGGUAGACCGAAACAAAAAGGACUCAGUUCCCUCUGUAUUCAAAUGGAAUUUAUUUCAAAGAGGGCUCUGAUCUCUUUGUAGUGCACUUCAGCUCUGAUGGGGCUUCAGUAUUCUUCCUGUUUCCACUAUACUUUAGCUUCUCUGGGGGUUUCAGACCUUACUGCUUUGGAUUAUGAAUGUAGAUGCUCUGGGUUAGUUAUGUAUUAUUUUCAUCAUCAUUCAUUAUCAGGUUCAAAUAAUUAUCAUGUCACAUGAUUGGUGUGGUGGUCUGUCACAAGCACACCCACUCACCCAUGCAAACACCCAUGCAAACACACACACACACACACACACACACACACACACACACACACACACACACUCACAAUGUCAUUUUAAUAUAUUCACAAUGAAAACAACAAGGAAAAAUCCAUCCUUGAAGGGAAGAACAUUUAUUCUGAGAAAAAAGAUCUCAUACAGAAAUAAAUAUGUUUAAUUAAAACACGUUGCUCCCAAUUAUCCUUAGAAAAUCUUAUAUACAAAACCUGAACCAAAAAAACAGAAGCAUUUCCCUAUCAUUUCAACUUUGUUAAGUUAAUCAGAGUGUCUGUGAACUUUCAGAGGUAGUUCAUUACUUUGUUUUUCACUAAGGUAUGCAAAUAAAGUGACACAGAGGCUAAAUCCUCUUGUCAUUUUUCAAAAU